AUGACUACUUCAAGGCGCCUUGCUGACAGGAAGACUGCAAAGUUCCAGAAGAACAUCACCAGGAGGGGUUCGGUGCCUGAAACCACUGUCAAGAAGGGAAAUGACUACCCUGUUGGCCCUAUAGUUCUCGGGUUCUUCAUCUUUGUCGUCAUUGGAUCAUGUAUGCCUUCCAACCCUCUCAAAAUCUUUUAA